UGGGAACUGGAAUCUCAGCAUGCUAUUUAAAGAACAGAGCACACAGACGGCAUUAUAGCACUGAUGAAGACUGGACAUUUCAGGUCGAAACGUGUUUGCGUAAUACUGUAGGGUUGUGCAGUGUAUAGAUUCUCUGUCACUUUUAAUUUUAUAGUGCAUUUUUAUUAUAAUUUUACUGGAUUUUUUGACUCUAUUAGAGAGGAUCUUUCCAUAUCUCCCCGUGGAAUCCUUUAGCCUGCAAUAGGCACCCUGAGCCGCUAUAUACAGAGCCUGGGGCGGCUCUGCAAAGUGUGAGUUGAUCUGUCUAAAUCAUCCUUACAGAGUUUACUAUGCAUUGCAUGUCUGUUUUAUAGGUAUCAUCCCAGGGAUUCAUUCCAUUUUUUAAGUAUUCCUUUUGAUUUUUUGAUUUUUUUAAUAUAAGGAUAUCAUUAUUUCUGUUUUAUAGCACUGUGUUGGUAUAUAUACAUUAUUGUGUGUGAGUAAACUAUCUAUACAUUAUCUAUCUAUCGAUAGGUCACAGACACACAUUUCUUUGAUUUCAUUUUAUGUAACACAGCUGUUGGGGGGGGGGGACACACGUAUAUAUAUAUAUAUAUAUAUAUAUAUAUAUAUAUAUAUAUAUAUAUAUAUAAAAUCACAUUCAAACCAUGAUCCCAGCACUCAAGUUCCAUGGUCUUUAGAAUGCCCCCGGUGCUGGUCUUGAGAAAAUUCCGGUUGGACUGAAACAUUGAUGUAUGAUUUGUGCUGAAUAAAAGCAUCUAUACUUUCUACAGACCCCAGAGUGCACUUAAUAAAAGCAAUAACUAAAGAAUAAAGUGCUCCAGUACCAAGUGUGUGUGUGUGUGUGUGUGUGUGUAUAUAUAUAUAGUUGUGGUCGGGGCAAUAUAGCCGUAAUGGUUAGAUAACAUAUGAAUAGUAAUAAUAAUAUCGUUUACAAACAGAGCGUUGUGGUAUGCUGGAACCAACAACGCAGUAGGCCUGUAAACAAGAGGGCCCACCUAUAGAGGGUGAUGUGAAAGAGGCAGUGGUGGGAGGGUUAACUCGCCAGACCAAUCACAGUAUGUGAGAGAGGAUUGGAGGCCCUUAUAAAGGGAACCGCAAGCCCCUCCUACAACUACAGACAGGGCCACCACCAGAAAUUUUGGGGCUCCUAACUUAGCUCAGGGUCUGGGCCCCCGGGGGCCCGCAUCCAAGCCCACCCACAGGGACCGCCUCCAAAUCCAGCCCAUAGGUAUACACACACACAGACACAAACACCGAUACAAAAGGACACAGCUACACACACACAGAUACAUAAUAACAAACACACAUACUGAAACAGACAUACACGUAUAUAGGUAUACAUACUGACACAUACUGAGACAUACACACAUUUACAGACACACAGGCAUACAUAGUGACAGACAGACACAUACUAACAUACAUCCAGACACACAUGCUUAAGGACAUACAGAUACAUACAGACAUACAUACUGACACCAACAUACAUUCAUAAUUACAUACAUACAUGCAUACAGACAUACUGACAUCCAUACACACAUUCAUAAUGACAUACAUUCAUAAUGACAUACAGACAUACAUACAGUUGCAAGAAAAAGUAUGUGAACCCUUUGGAAUGAUAUGGAUUUCUGCACAAAUUGGUCAUAAAAUGUGAUCUGAUCAUCAUCUAAGUCACAACAAUAGACAAUCACAGUCUGCUUAAACUAAUAACACACAAAGAAUGAAAUGUUGCCAUGUUUUUAUUGAACACACCAUGUAAACAUUCACAGUGCAGGUGGAAAAAGUAUGUGAACCCCUAGACUAAUGACAUCUCCAAGAGCUAAUUGGAGUGAGAUGUCAGCCAGCUGGAGUCCAACCAGUGAGAUGAGAUUGGAGGUGUUGGUUACAGCUGCCCUGCCCUAUAAAAAACACACACCAGUUCUGGGUAUGCUUUUCACAAGAAGCAUUGCCUGAUGUGAAUGAUGCCUCGCACAAAAGAGCUCUCAGAAGACCUACGAUUAAGAAUUGUUGACUUGCAUAAAGCUGGAAAGGGUUAUAAAAGUAUCUCCAAAAGCCUUGCUGUUCAUCAGUCCACACAGACUUACAUUCAUAAUGACAUACAGACAUACAUUGAUACUGACAUACAGACAUAUAUACAUACUGACAUACAUAAACACACACACAGACAUACAUUGAUACUGGCAUACAUACUGAGAGACAUACACACACACACAGAGCUAUUUUUUCAGCCACCCUCCUGUUUCUUACCUUUUCUUUGCAGGAGGGUGGCUGGGGCUGAUGGGAGUCGGCAUGGCUCUCCCUCUUCAAGUCCACGCUGGCUCUCCUCCCGCGCAGAGUGAGCUGGGAGGAAGUGACCACUUCCUCCCUGCAGCACUUGCACUGCAUUUUUAUUUUAUUUAAAACGGGGCCUGACUACAGGCCCUGCCUUAAAUAUAUCUUGUAAAAAAAAAAAAACAGAUAAAAUUUGUAUUUUGUAAUACCUUUUUUAUUGGAAUAACAGAAUUUUUUAAUGACAAGCUUUCGGGAGAGCCUCCCUUUCUCAAGUCUAAAGCAUUUCUGAGCAAGACAACACAUAGAAUUCAAAGUUGAGUUGUCAUACAGGGGUUAAAGCGACAUGAGUGCAGAUAAGGCACAGGUCUGAUAGAAAAUAGACACCAUUCUUGUGUGAAGAUCACAGAGGCGGGGGGGAGAGAGAAAGAGAAGAAAAAACUGUGCAGAAGAUGGCGCUAGAAGGGGAAGAGUGAAAAAAUGAAUUGCUUGUAUUAAGAAUAGAUCAAUUUCCAUCCAAGAGUUACAGAAUAUGCAUGAAGGCCUGUAUACAGCAUACACAGAUAUACACACAUACAUAGAUAUACACAUUAAUGCAUACACGCAUGCACAUAUACACAAGUACAUACAGCGAUAUACAUAUAAAUACAACCAAAUGCACAAAUAUAUGUACAUGCACACCUAUAAAUACAUCCAUGCACAAGCACCAAUACAUGUACCUUCACAUAUACAAAUCUGCCUACACAGACCCAUAUAUAUGUACACAUACAUCUAUUCACAUAUACAUACAUUCAUACCCAUUGUACAGCUCUACGGAACCUGAUGGCGCUAUAUAAAUAAUAAUACACACAAAUAUAUAUGAUUAUACAUAUACAUACACCCUUAUACAUAAACACAUAUACAUGAACCCAUAUACACAAUUAUUUGUAAAUUAACCCAUAUAUACAAUUAUUUGUAUGUGUUUAUGUAUAUGGCUGCAUGUCAGGGCCGUCUUUCCGCAUGGGCACGCUGGGCAGUUCCAUAGGCCCACAGCCCAUGUACUGGGGCCGACAGGGAGAUCCUUUGAUCUCCCCUGCCGACCCACGGAGAGCCGGCCCUGCUUGCUUGGUUUGGGCCAUCUCUGGCCAGUGGGGAGAUCAAAGAUCUCCCUCACCGGCCCAAAGAUCUCCCUUACCAGCCCAAAGGUCCUUUAGAGAGAGGGAGGGAGGCAGAGAGGACCUGGGAGGCAGUUCCUCCCGCCAACAAUGCUGGUCUGAGCGUUACCGCACGUUGCCGUGGCAAUACUCUGACACGGCAUUCUGCUCAUGGGAGGAGUGAGAGCCUGCAACCAGAGGAACUGCAGGCUGUAGAUUAUUCCUCACCACUGGACCACCAGGGUUGACAUCCCUUUUCCCUAUGCAACUCUGCACCCCACACAGCACCCUUCUCACACACACAGCACCCCACACUGCUGUCUGUCUGUGUGUAUUCAGCAGUCUGUGUGUUUGUAAUGUAUGAAUAUUGCAUCUGUUGAAGGUACCAGCUUAUUGAAUUAGUUCUGGUGAGUAGAAUCAUUCCCCUCAGGCUUUUUGCUGUAAACACUGUCUUUUCAGAGAAAAUGCAGUGUUUACAUUACAGCCUAGUGAUAACUUCACUGGCCACUCCUCAGAUGGCAGUUAGAGAUCCUUCCUGGGUCAUGGCUGCCUAAAAUGCAUCCAAACAAUCAGUGUCUCCACCCUCUGCACGCAGACACUGAACUUUCCUCAUAGAGAUUCAUUGAUUCAAUUCAUCUCUAUGAGGAGAUGCUGAUUGGCCAGGGCUGUGUUUGAAUCAUGCUGGCUCUACCCCUGAUCUGCCUCUUUGUCAGUCUCAGCUAAUCCUAUGGGGAAGCACUGUGAUUGGAUCAGACCACAACUUCUGAUGAUGUCAGGAGGCAGGUCUGAGGCAGACAGAUCCAACAGCUGGAGACUUGAAUACAAGUAAGAUUGUACUAUAUUUAAGGAGGCAAGAGUGGGCCAGGGGGGCUAGAUGGUGGUUUUAACACUAUUCGUCCACCCAUUGUAAAGCGCUGCGGAAUUUGAUGGCGCUCUAUAAAUAUCAUAAUAAUAAUAAUAUAGGGUCAGCAAUACAUGUUUGUGUUCUGACCCUAUAGUGCUCCUUUAAGCACACUGUAGCAGGUUAAGAUACCAAAGGACACACAGCAAGCCUCUGCUACAGUAUCCAAAUGUCAAAACUUCAAAGACACAAUAUUAUACAUAGUAACUAUACCAUUGCACAAAUAUAAUUUGAAUCUCUGGAGAUUGUCCCAGCUGGUAAUUGCCCAAUAGAGCUGAAUACCGCUAAGCAUUAUUUUUGUUGAUUACAACAAACCACUUAGGAUAUACGGUAUGUAUAUCUUUUGGCUCUAUUCUAAUUAAGUCCUUAUAAAGACUUAGAGGACAGAUUCAGUCCCCUUUCCAGUCUGACACUUGACUGAUUUUUAUAUUUUGUUUACAUUUUUCAUUUCUUUUUACAUUAGUCUAUAAUACAGUCCAUGUGUUGGGACUUUUUAAAGUGAAUAAAUUAAAAGUGACGUUUUAAAUCAUUUACACAUUACUUUCCCAAUGUAUUCCACUUACCGUAAUCACAAUAUUUCAUUGCUGCUACCUUCAGCCCUUCUCUCUCUGAUAUAUGUGUAGGUACAUGUAUUGGUGCAUUUGGUUGUAUUUAUAUGUAUAUCGCUGUAUGUACUUGUACAAAUACACUACUAACUGUCUCAUUUAUUGUUAAAUCUUACCCUCUGAUAAUAUUGUAAAGCGCCACGGAAUAUGCUGGCGCUAUAUAAAUACUAGUAAUAAUAAUGUGUAUGUGUGUAUGCUGUAUAUAGGCCUUCAUGCAUAUCCUGUAACUCUUGGAUGAGAAUUCAUCCAUUCUAAAUCUAAGUAAUUGUUUUUUACUCUCCCCUUCUAGCACUAUCUUCUGCACUGUUUGCUUUUUUUUUUUUUCCUCUCCCCCUCACUCUCUGAUCUUCACACAAGAUAUUUACGACUCUCUGCGACAAUGGUGUCUAUUUUCUAUAGAGAUUGUAGCCCUAUUAGUCCAGUGAUGUAGAUGUAAAAAACAGAUAAUAUUUGUAUCUUGUAAUACCUUUUUUAUUGGACUAACAGAAUUUUUUUAAUGACAAGUUUUCGUGAGAACCUCCCUUUCUCAAGUCUAAAGCAUUUCUGAGGAAGACAACACAUAGAAUUCAAAGUUGAGUUGUGAUACAGGGGUUAAAGCGACAUGGUGCAGAAUUCAAAGUUGAGUUGUGAUACAGGGGUUAAAGCGACAUGAGUGCAGACAGGGCUGGAUUUAAGGCAUUGUGUAACCUGUGACCAUGGAUGAAAUGCUGCCUCCCCCUACCCCCCAACAAAACCACAUCAACCAAAAUAUGUCCAUUAUGUUAUGCAGUGUGUGUGGUGGGUGCAGAGUGUGUAUUUGUGUAGUGGAUGCAGUGGCUGUGUAUUGCAUUGCGUGUGUGUGUAUAAUGGAUGCAGAGUGUGUGUGUGGAUAUAGUGGAUAUAGUGCAUUAGUAUGUAUAGAGGAUGUAUUGUGUAUUUGUUUGCGUGUUGGUGUGUAUAUGCCAUCGGAGCAAAUCAAUGAAUUUAGGAAAUAUUUAAUUAAUAUUGGACACAUACCGACACUCCCUUUUUACCCAAUAACUAUUCUGAGCGAUAUUAACAUCACAAAACAAAUCCGGUGUCUUAUUCCACUUUACUAUAAACACACACAGUGCUACUUACCUUAUAUUAAUGAUGCAGCUUCACAGGUGGGUUUUCCCUUAUUGAACAACAAGACACACACAAUAUUUGGGGAUUUAGCUAUACAUCUGUAAAGGGAUCAAAUAAGCCACUGAGUAAAAGUACAGUAAAAACCGUUAACUCUGCGCUCCAGAAAUAUAAGAGUUUGGAUAUUACCAUAAACCUGCACAAUCAGCACACCACACGCACUUAGUCUUUUUAAGCCUAUAUUAAUAUAUAAACAUGCAGAAUUGUUCAAAUGUAAGGACCACUGACUAAGGGACCUACAGGGUUAACAGUCAAGAUGUUAAAGAAUGCUAACACUCCCACAUCUCCUAACGGCCAAGAGAAUUUAACUUUCAUUUCCUACUUCUGCUUUCAGCGAUGGCGAUGGCAUCUGCAGAACAGAAAGACGAGAAAAGCUGCUCUAUCUGCCAAAACAUUUAUACUGAUUCGCUAAACCUGACGUGUAAACAUUUUGUCUGCUUGGUCUGCAUUGGGAACGUGCUUGACACACAGGACGGAUUUGGGGGCUAUGAGUGCCCGGUGUGCAGGGCAGAGUUUCAGAAUCAUCCUGUCCCAUCGAAGAAGAGGAAGAUAUGUAACAUCGUAGAGAGUUUGUUAGGCACACAGCCAGAGCAGAAUGAGACUGUUAUAUUAUGUAAUUAUUGUAUGAAAUCUCAGGUACCUGCUGCUAAAACAUGUCUGCUAUGUGAAGCUUCUCUGUGUGAGGACCACCUUGAGGUCCACAGCAAGUCAGUAGAACACAUCUUAACGGAACCCACCACUUCUUUCGAGAACAGAAAAUGCUCCGUUCAUAAGGAAAUCUUGAAAUAUUACUGCUUGGAAGAUGCUGUUUGCGUCUGUGUAUCCUGUAGGCUGGAUGGAGAUCACAAGGGACAUCAGGUGGAAUCUCUGAAUGAGGCGUCCAAGAAGAAGAAGGAAAACCUGAGAAGAAUUCUGCAGACACUAACCUCAAAGAGAACUGAACUUGAGAAAAGAGUCCAGGGCCUGCAGACGGGCAAGAAAGUAGUGGAGAAAAAAUCAGUUGGUGUGCUGCGGCAAGCUAUUUUCCUAAUUAGCUACAUCAAAACACAUGUGAAAGAAAUGGAGAAACAAGUUGUGAGUGAGCUCGCUAAGCAGAAAAAACAGAUUUCACUCCCAUACUCCGUUCUAAUCCACCAACUGGAUAUAAGGUCUAAUAAUCUGUCCAAGAAGAUAACUCACCUCGAGGAGCUGUGUAACAUGAUGGAUCCAUUAACUGUCUUACAAGAACUGCAAUCAGACUGUGCUGACUAUUGUGAUGCUCAGGAGGGAAACAGCAAGGGUAUAGACAGAAAUGAUAAAGAGGUCCACGUUACAGAGGAUAUGGAUAUGGGUGUGAUCUCCGUGAUGGUACACACAAGAUUAAAUGAACUUGUGACGGGUGUAAAACAAAAUAUCCAAAUGGAUGUCUCAGAAGUAUUACUGGAUGUAAACACAGCUGGUAAUCAUAUAACUGUGUCAGGUGACUUGAAGACCGUAUCUUGGUCAGAAGUAAAUCAAAGUCACCAAGAAUCACCAAAAAGAUUCCAAAAUAACCAGAUUUUAAGCAUCACACGAUAUUCUUCUGGACAACAUUACUGCCAAGUGGAGACUAGUGAAACAAAUGGAUGGAAAAUUGGGAUGGCCUAUCCCAGUAUAGACCGGAAAGGAGAUCAGUCAAAAAUUGGGUACAAUAAGAAAUCCUGGAGUUUGGGCAUUUGGAAUAACCGGUAUUCUGUGAUUCAUAAUGGGAAAGUAGAACGGUUAUGUCAUGGUCCUUCCUGCCAACGGUUAGGGAUCUAUCUGCACUAUAAAGCUGGGUGCCUGUCGUUUUAUGAGCUCUGCAAUCCAAUUAAGCAUUUAUACACCUUUACCACCACUUUCACCGAACCUCUUCACGUUGCUUUUUGGUUAUGGAAAAAUACAUGGCUGAGAAGCAAGAAUUAGGAGAGAGAGUGUUGCGUUUAUUUUUAUAUUUUUUCUAGAUUGACCUGAGGUACAUGGUUAAUCCAAAAAUGGAAAACUAGUAUAUGUAUUUGUCAAUAAAUUCUGAACUAGUCAAUACAGAGGUUGUAAUUUGCCCCCUUCAGAGUAUGGACCAGGGGCUGAGAAGGCUGGCAAAGCAACAUGGGCGUUGUAAUACCUUUUUGUCAAACUUGGUCUGGACUCUUUAGGUUUUAGCAAAAAUUAAAAAAAAAUCUUCUAAGAUGUUAAAAAUAUUCAAAAGCAUUAAAAGUUAUUUAAAACAUUUAAAAAGACACUACAGUCACCAUAACAACUACAGCUUAAUGUAGUUGUUCUGGUGUCUACUGCCUUUCCUUGCAGCCUUUUAAUGUAAACACUGGAGGGGCUUCCUGGGUCAGUGCUGCACAAUGUGCAGUACUGACAUUCAACAUCUACACGCCCUGCAUGGAGGCGCUGAACAUUCCUCAUAGAGAUACAUUGAUUCAAGGGAAAGCACUGGAUAGGCAGAGACUGACAAUUUUUAUGGUCUCAGCCAAGGGGGCCAGCCACGACAGAUGCAUGCAGUGCUCGAAGAAAGGUGAGUAAACUCCCCUUUUACAUUCCUGUCGGGGGGGCCUAAACAUUGCUUUCACAGCUAUAGUGACAGGAAUACAUAUUUUUACUCCUGUCACUAUAGAGCUCUUUAAAAAAUAAGUAAAAUAAAAAAAGUUAUCACUUGAAAUUGAAGUUGCCCUUAGUCAACAGUUCUCCAACUGAGAAAUACUGCAAACUAGACUGACAUUUCCCACUCCAAACCAUCACAGACAGUUUUCAGUUGGUUUAUUUGUACAGCCCCACAUUAAGUCAAAUUGUGGUUAAAAAAACAUGAAACAUUAGAGGGAUUUUUUUAUUAUGUUUAUAUCUUAAAGGAACACUAUAGUCACCUAAACAACUUUAGCUAAAUAAAGCAGUUUUAGUGUAUAGAUCAUUCCCCUGCAAUUUCACUGCUCAAUUCAGUGUCAUUUAGGAGUUAAAUCACUUUGUUUCUGUUUAUGCAGCCCUAGCCACACUAUGAUUGACAGAGCCAGCAUGAAAAAAAAAAAAACUGGUUUCACUUUCAAACAGAUGUAAUUUACCUUAAAUAAUUGUAUCUCAAUCUCUAAAUUGAACUUUAAUCACAUACAGGACGCUCUUGCAGGGUCUAGCAAGCUAUUAACAUAGCAGGGGAUAAGAAAAUCUUAAUUAAACAGUACUUGCAAUAAAGGAAGUAUAAACAUUAGAUGACUCUUUACAGGAAGUGUUUAGGAAGGCUAUACAAGUCACAUGCAGGGAGGUGUGACUAGGGUUCAUAAACAAAGUGAUUUAACUCCUAAAUAGCAGAGAAUUUAGCAGUGAGACUGCAGGGGCAUGUUCUAUACACCAAAACUGCUUCAUUAAGCUAAAGUUGUUUUGGUGACUAUAGUGUCCCUUUAAUUCAGUGGUAGAAAGAGGAUCCAGGCACUCCAAGUAUCUUCAAACGUAUUUAUUAGGACAAAUGAGACCCUGCAAUGCGUCAACCGCUGAAAGUGUCUUUGUCAAGCUCUUAUCACAGACCCUUUCAGGGGUCGAAAUGUUCUAAUAAAUACAUGUGAAGAUACUUGGAGUGCCUGGAUCCUCUUUCUACCACUGAUAUCUACUCGCUGGGGCUGGUGUUGGCACCCGGAUCUUCACGUGAUUGGAGUGUGGUUUUUUGUUAGUUUGUUCCUUCUCUUUUUGCAUAUAUCUUAAUUCAGUACAUAUCUUAAUAUUUGUAGUUUUUCAGAAUUUAUUUGCUUAUUUUUCUCCAUUGCUAUAUGUUUGU